CAGGUGGAAAUAACUGAUGUCAUCUCCUGCGUGGGGAACUAGGGAUCACCCGAUAUAUCGACCAUCCCAUAUAUCGACCACCAAUAUAUCGACGGGUCAUUGCUUAUUUCAUCAAAAUUUGGAUUUGUUUUAAACUGAUCUUCUUGAUUGUUUUUCUGCCUAAGUGAAUUUUUCCACGGAUCAAUUAGUAUACAAUAUUUCUAUACAUUAGCAAAGCUUUUUGAAACUUAAACUAAGAAUGCCAUUCUUCUUUAUUUAAAGAUUUAGCAGGCUUAAAAAGCUUGAGUUUUUCUACCAUUAAUAAAAUAUAUGGAUAUAAUGUGUGAGACUUUGUCAUAGGUCAUUUAUUUGACCUGUAGAUUUGACAUAAAUUUUAUUUAUUUAGACUUUAGACAUAGUUUAUGAUAAUGAAAUCAAGUCAGCCAAAUUCUUAUACAUUUCAAGUGCGUACUACGAAAAGGGAAGGGUCAUUUCAGCUAAAGAAGUUGCCGCUUAUUCAUAAAGAAGUUAAACUCACCCAUCAAAGAAUUCAUUGGAUACAAUAUUUACAUGAAAAAGAAAAUGACUUUUUUCUAACUUUUGAAAGUAGCAAUUCUGGAAUUUAUGAUGUUUUAGUAACCUGCAAAGACCAAGUUGAAGGGAAAGAAAACUGUUUUCCAAAUGGGAACAUUCUAACUGCACAACUAGAUACAUAUAGUUAUUUCUUAAGAUCACUGGACAAAAAUUAUCGAAACGGAAAGAUAUCUUUAAUUUUGAAAUUUGAUGCAAGCCAGGUUUUGUGUAUUCACAUUGUACUUGAAGAUUUAGCCUUUCAAAAUGCAGACGAGUUUGAUUCUGUAACAAAAUUAUCAAGUAAUAUAUUUGCAGGUACUGACAGUACUGUGAAACCAAUACUGCAGUACCUUUACUCUCUAAAAGAUGACUGUGUGCAAUAUGAAGAAUCUACACCAGUUAUCAAAAAGGAUGUUCAUGAUCUAUACCAAUACAUCAAAAAUCAUCACACAUCACAAUUUCGUUGUUAUUUUAAUAACAAAUGCAAGCAGGACAUAAAUAAAGCUUCUAAUAUUCCCAAUCAAAUUUACCCAAUCACUGAUGACAAUAAAGUUGGUAACGAAUUACAAUCAACCGAUUUGCGCUUUAUAUAUCAACAUGAACUACUGAUUCCAUCUCUGAGAACAUAUCAGGCAAAAGCUAUCCAUUGGAUGAUAUUCAAAGAGAGAUACAAUUGUUAUGAAUCAGAGAAUCAUACAGACCUUCAUUCAUUGUGGCAAGAAAUUAUCUGCGAAGAUGGAAAUAAGAUCUACUUUAACCCUUAUAACACGGCUUUAUCGAAAAGGAAACCAACGUCCCAAGUGUUACCAAAAGGAGGUAUUCUUGCAGAUGAAAUGGGAUUAGGUAAAACUGUGGAAGUACUUGCAUGCAUACUAAACAAUCAAGCUAAAGAAAAGUUCAAACUUGUACUCACUGAUCCAAAAGAAGAGAAAAGAAAUGUUGAUAACGCUAUUGGUUAUUUGAAGUAUCCACAAAACAUUAUCCAAGGUGAAAAUGUAAGCAGUGAAGGUAAAAAAGAGGAUAUUUCAAGCAAUGAAGUUGUGACUGGUAUUCAAAAUGCUCCUAAUUGUUUCCGUGCUGAAAAACGUAAAUCAGUUACAAAUAACGAUGAGAUAUUGGUUAAAAAAUGUAAGACACUAGAUGUAAUCAAUCUUGACAAGGAAAGUACUGACUUUGAUAUCAUUAAAGAUGUCCUUUCUAAUUUGGUGGAUAAAUGCUGUGAGAAAAGUAAGAGAUACAUAGAGGACAUUGAAAAAGGGAGCAUUCAAUCAUCAGAUAGUGGAUUAGAUAACGGUGGACUUAAAAGUUGUAAUCAGCAAUCCCAAAAAUGUAGAGAAAACAUUUUAGGUGAAGAAAACACUCAUAAGGAUUCCUUUGAUGAUUUAUAUUUCUGCAAAUGUUUUGUUUGCGGUGAUUUACCCAAAGGUAUUAACAAUCACAACAAAGUUAAAUGCACUGAAUGCACAAAUGUCAUGCAUCAACAAUGUACUGGAUACAUGAAUUUAAAUGUCAGCAGUUACCAAUGCCCAACUUGUGCCAUGAAAGAGAUGAUAGACACUCAUUGCACUCUCAUUGUGUGCCCUGACACGCUACUUUCUCAAUGGGUGGAUGAAGUCCAAAAGCAUGUUAAAAUAGAGAAAUUUAAAUUUAUGGUUUACAGAGGCAUAAAAAAUCAUCAGUUUUUGCAGCCGAAGAUGUUGGCAGAAUACGAUUUAAUUAUUACAUCUUUUGGUACAUUACGGCUGGAUUUUUAUUACUUUAUGGCAGAUCAGGCCUCAAGAAAAUUACGGUAUCAAAAGAAAUAUGCUGCAUUGCCAUGCCCGUUACUAGCACUUAGAUUUUGGCGUAUGUGUAUUGAUGAGGCACAAAUGGUUGAAUCAGAUAGCACAAAGGUGGCAGAAAUGGCUUUAAGGAUAACUGCUGUUCAUCGUUGGUGUGUAACUGGAACACCCGUGCAGAAAACAGUAGAAGAUGUUUACGGAUUGUUGCUAUUUCUCUGUGUGAGACCCUACUCUUGUAAAGUUUGGUGGAAAAGAGCUUUGCUUGAUCAUUUUCAUGCUGGUGACCAUGAACCCUUUUUUAAACUAAUGUCAAAAGUAAUGUGGAGGACUUGCAAGGUUGACGUGGAGGAACAAAUUUGCCUACCAAAGCAGACAGAAUAUCUGACGUGGUUACAAUUCACUGCAGUGGAGCAUCAUUUCUACGCAAAACAGGCUGCAAAGUGUGCAGAAAGCACGAAAUAUCAUCUUAACAAAGAUUUCUCCUAUUUAAGUGAUUCGUUACAAUUGAAGGAUCUUAGUAAACAAACACUUAGUAAAUUGCUCUCUCCUUUACUUCAACUUCGACAAGCUUGUUGUCAUCCAGCUGUAGUAAGAAAUAGUCAUUUGAGUUCAGAGAAAAAGUGUGUUACCAUGGAACAACUGUUGGGGAAACUAACCUCCAAUGCUAAAGUUGAAGCUGCAGAAGCUCACCGAAAGUUACUAUGUUCUUUAAAUGCAUUAGCUGGCAUUGAGAUUUUGCAGGAGAAUUAUGUAAAGGCUGUCGAAAUUUACAAUAGUGUUAUUGCUUCGUGGGAAGAGCACAAUGAUUUGACUACAGACUCUUUACAGAAACUGCAUACCCUCCACAAUUUACACGAUAUCUUGUAUGAAUAUAUCGAUAGCCAUAACAGUGAUCACACUAAUAAAAUAAAGAAUGAUGCAGAAAGUUUUCGGUCGAAGUAUCUGGCUGAUAUUAACGGUGCAGUGCACAACAACAAGAUUUCGUUAGAACAGCUGAAUGAUGAUGUUACAAAAUGCAAAGAUCAGGUUGAUUUUAAAAAUCCAUGGUGGUUGAACCUUAUUUUGUUCUGUGCACAUAACAAUUUUAAAGAUGAUUUGUCGUAUCGCUUAAAUGAUGAACUAUCUGCAGUGAAAGGUUUAUCAAAUGUUAACAUCAGAGGAAAGUUCAAAACUCUGGAUGGUUUUCAACUUAUAUUCAAUCAACAGCUGGAGAAAAUUGAGGAGUACCGCACAAGUGUGUUGGAGAGUCUAAAUGUUAUUUCGACUUUUCCAAGCAAGCUUGCUGUACAAGAAACAGCAGAAUGUUGUUUACGUCCAGUUGAACAAUCUGAAACUCCAAGGUGCUGCUACUGCAGUGCAGAAGAUGUGAUAAAUAAUUAUGAGAAAGUUUUAUUUUCACAGCAAGGAUACAACACUUUCGAAAGCGACUCAACAGCAAGUGGUCUUCGAUCUGAAACUGAAUUAGACAGAGUAUUGAAGACAUUUUUAUCCUUUGCGAAAAAUUAUGGAUGUCAACAAGAUAUUGUGACACAAGGUAAAGAACACAUCAAGUAUCAAGAGAUGUUGAAAAAAGAGUUCAAAUGUAUAAGGAGUAUGUACAUAUCCUGCCAUCAUCGGGUGCAAGCACUCGAUGAGUUGGACAUGUGUACAAUGAGGUUACGCUUUCCUUUCGAGUGUGAAGAAGACAUUGAAAGUAAACCAUACGUUGUUAAGAAACACGAGCUUCACUCAGCCCAACUAACAUACGAAUCUGACAAGAUAAUUGCUCGUAACGAAUUGAAAGUGAAGGAGAGCCAACUCUUAUAUCUUCAAAAUUUAGCCAAGAUUCAGACAGAACAUGACGGCUUUAAUCCAGAGACAUGCCCUAUAUGUGUCUCGCAAUUCGGAGCCGAGUGGGCUGUUUUCAAGUGUGGCCACUGCAUAUGCUGCAAGUGCGUGGUCCAACUACAAAGCAGGUCGUUUGUAUAUGUACGUAACAACAAGGCGUCAUUGAGGUGUCCGAUAUGUCGCGCAGUAACUAGUAGCAACGACGUGUCAUUUGUUGUGACCAAGUUAAAGAAGCCUGAAGGAUUCGACGCUGGUGUAUCUAUUAAGGGUGGAUACUCGACUAAAAUCGAAGCUGUCCUCAGACGCAUCAAAUGGAUACACGAGCAAGAUAGCCGAAAUAAGAUCCUUGUAUUUUCAAAAUGGAUGGAUGUCUUACAGCACAUCGGAUCUGCUCUUCGCGAAAACGAAAUCCUCUAUAAAGUAUUGGACGGUAGUGCGAAACACUUUCAGACUUCGCUGUCGUCUUUCAAGGAAAGCGUCGACAUUAAUGUUUUGUUGAUGUUGCUUCACACAGGAGCUAGAGGAUUGAAUAUAAUCGAGGCAACUCAUGUUAUACUUGUUGAGCCAGCUCUUAAUCCGGGUGAUGAAUUGCAAGCUGUUGGGCGAGUUCAUCGGAUUGGACAGACAAAGGCGACAUAUGUGCAUCGUUUUGUAAUAAAAGGCACCGUGGAGGAAAGAAUGUAUUCUUUACUGAAGACUAGAACGCAGAUUGAACGAAAUAUAAACACUGGUUUAACCGUGGGUGAUUUAACUUCGCUGUUCAUUUGAACUUGUCUGUCAAGUGCACGAUGCGAUGUUAUGUUGGUUACAUUUUUGGCGCGAAACUAAGUUAUGCUUGAAUGUAAAAUCGAAGAAGUUUUUAGAAUUUUAUGUGCAUAUUCUUAUAUUAUAUUUAUUCUAUUUAUAAAAAGAUUUUAUAAGUACAUGGGAUUUUCCUGA